AUGACAGCGUCGAAGGAUAUCGUCGAUCUCGUGGCCAAGGCCAAUGCGCGUGGUCCAACAUCUGGCUUCACAGACGUUGACGACGAUGCAGAGGAGUUGCCGACCGAGUUUGAUAUUGAAAACGCUCAAGUGUUCAAACCUCUCAAGGUCGGUGAUCUAACGCUUCGGCACCGAAUAGUACACGCGGCGUUGGGCCGCUCUCGAGCCAUCAACUCAGCUGAAAGCCCCUUGGCGAUCAAGUACUUCGCGCAGCGCACAACGCCAGGCGCACUCAUGAUCUCCCAAGCCACUGGAGUCUCACUGGAGUCCAAAGCUUGGCCCUGGUCAGCAAACCUGGAGACAGAGGAGCAAAAGACUGCCGUCGCAAACAUCGUUCAGGUUGUUCACGAGAAGGGCGGGUUCUGGUUCCAACAACUCACCCACGUAGGUCGGUGCACCUCACCAGGUCUUGUCAAGCUCGCUCGAAAGCAAAUUGGCCUCAAGACCCCGCCUUACUACGGCUACCUUCCGGUUUCUGCGUCAGCUGUGGCCGAAUCAGGAGUUAACACUCAUUCUGGGGAACCAUUCGGCGUCCCGCAUGCCUUGACGGUUGAGGAGAUUCAAGGCAUAGUGUCAGACUUCAAGCGCGCUGCCACCCUGGCUACUAGCGCUGGUGCAGAUGGAAUAGAGCUUCUCGCGGGAAACGGCUUCCUUUUGGACCAGUUUCUCCACGAUAACAUCAAUCAACGUGAAGAUCAUUAUGGCGGAUCCGUCGAGAAUAGAAGUCGAUUUGUGCUGGAAAUAGUCGAUGCUGUUUCUGAAGUCGUCGGGUACCAACGUGUGGGAGUUCCUUCCACGAAACGGACGGCUCGCAACCCUUGGAGCAGUCGCUUCAUCUCAGCCGUGAACUCGCGCAACGGGGCGUUGCAUACCUUCAUGUCGCCGAGGGCCGCGUGUCCCGUAACUUGGGGAUUGCGGAAAAUCUCGCAAGGCUCGCUGCCAAAGGCAUCGCGCCAGAGCAUGUUUCCCUGCGGCCAUUCCGCCGUUUGCUAG